AUGUUGCAGACUACUAAAAUCACUGUAUGGGCUCAAACAAGCUUCUUGACAAUGAAAUCUCAAGCUCACUACUGCUCUCUUGAAGGUGAUAAUAUUGUCUUGAUCAAUAAAGCCAAAGAUAUUCUACAACAUGCCUUCAAAAUGAAGGAUUUGGGAAUUCUAAAAUAUUUUCUAGGAAUUGAAGUAUGUAGAUCUCAAAAGGGAAUACUGCUAUGCCAAAGAAAAUGUGCCUUAGAGCUCAUAUCUGAGUUAGGCCUGAGAGGUUCUAAACCUGCAAUAUCACCCAUGGAACAGAAUAGAAAGUUGACAACUAUUGAAUAUGAUCUACAUUGCAACCUUCAUGAUGAUGUAGCAUUAACAGAUGUGAUGGAGUACCAGAGAUUGGUUGAAAAGUUGCUGUAUUUGACAUUAACUAGGCCAGACAUUGCAUACAGAGUACAGACUCUAAGUCAAUUCAUACAAUCACCCAAGAAGUCACACUUAGAAGCAACCUACAGGAUAGUGAGAUAUAUAAAGAAUGAACCAGGACUCGGGAUAUUGAUGAGUUCAGAAGGAGGUACUACUUUGAAGGCCUAUUGUGAUACAGACUAG